GCAGCAGGUGGCGCCAUCAUCGCAAUUUCUUGCUAAACCACCCAUGGCGCCGUGGAAGACGAAGGCGAUAGAGCGCCGAAGUUGAGUUGAUUUUAGCGCUGAACGUCAAGAGCCGCGCCACCAGAUGGACGACAGCCACAGAAGAUUCUUGCAGACGCUGAUGCGUAUUGGCAUUGUUGAUGAAGCAAAUGCAAAGCAACUCCUCCAUCAUUGUUGUAGUACGCAGAACAUUUCCAGCGUCAUACGCUCCAGACCAGCUCGAUAACUAUAUUGAUACCAUCAACUCUAAUUUGGAGCCCAUGUUCAUGCAGAUUAGAAAAGGAAUGUGUGAAGAAAGCGGUGUGCAGCACUAUGCUUUAGUUAACAUGAUUGAAACGGACGCCACCACAAUGACAACUGACUACGCCGAUCAUGAACUGGAGAUUUUCCGGAAAGUAAUGGACCUGAUCGUGGACUCAGAAACUGGCAGGGUCUACUCCACGGAAAUUCUUAAUUGUGCCAAAUCCUUGACCAAAAAAACAAAGAAGAGAGACACAGAAGAGCUGCUCAAUCGACUUGUGCAAGACAAUUGGCUCAUUGAGAAAAAUGGCGAAUACUGCUUAUCUACCAGAUGUAUCAUUGAGAUGGAGCAAUACAUCCGCACUAUGUAUCAGGACCAGGUCAAAGUGUGCCGCAUCUGUCGCAACAUUGCCUUCCAGAGCCAAAUCUGUGAGAAUCCAACAUGUGGCAUAAAAAUACACAACCCAUGUGUGGCAAGAUUCUUCAGAGGGGCGACAGAGCCUCGGUGCCCCGCCUGUAAUGAUGUUUGGCCUCACAGGAUCCCUGAUAUUGAGGCACGUCGGUCUCGGUCCAGCAAAUGAAGACCUUAGUAUCAUCUUUGUAUAUUAAAACAAGCUGUAUAUUUGUAAAUAUGAAUUUUAAUAUUUGUUAGAUAUCUACAUUAUAACAAAUAUAGUCCAUCUGAUUCAAAAGUUCAUGUAAAUAAAUAUCUGACUCCCGUUUCCAUUUUGGUUUAAAAUUGCUUGGAAGGCAAAUAAAGUUUUUCAGAACAAAUAA